UGGUGAGUCAUUGGUGAUCUGAAGAGUGAUGAAUACAGCAAAAGUAGAAGACAGUCCCAAUUGGUUGAGGCACAACAUCUUUCAUACUAAAUGCACUGCUAAUGGGAAGGUAUGUCAUGUUAUUAUUGAUGGGGAAAGUUGUGAAAAUAUAGUGUCACAAGAGAUGGUUGAUAAACUUAACUUGAAGACAGAGCGAAAGCCAGAAUCUUAUAAGCUCUCAUGGUUCAAAAAAGGGAAUGAUGUGGUUGUCAACCAGCGAUGUUUAGUGGCAUUUUCUAUUGGCAACAAGUAUCAGGAUGUGCAGUGGUGUGAUGUGGCUCCAAUGGAUGCCUGUCACUUGUUGUUGGGAUGUCCUUGGCAGUUCGAUAGAAGAGCAAUGCAUGAUGGAUAUAAAAAUACUUAUAGCUUCGUCAAGAAUGAUGUAAAAGUAAUCUUGGGACCAUCAAAGUCUGAGAACAACCCCAAGGCAAUCAAAAAGGAGAAUAGCAACUUCCUAUCUAUGAGCAAAUUUCUUGAAGAAUAAGAAGAAAGUGGUGGAGAAUUAUACUUACUA